CUACUUGUAUUGUAGCAGUCUAUCGUUCAUACGCUCGUUCAUACGGCUCAGAGAGACUAGUAAACCAAGUUUACGGACGACACAGCCAUCAUUAGUUUUGACUCAGGUAUCAUGAAGUUCACGACGACCACUCUAUUCUCUUUGGCUGCAUACUGUGCUAUCACCUCUGCACGCCCUGUUGCCCACUCCGCCAAGGCCAGAGAUGCUACCAACAGUACGGGCGCCAUGGUUAUGAAUGCGUCUAACGGCACCUCGAUGGGCGCGCUAUAUUUCAUCACCAAUCAGCCAGAGGGAAACUUUGUCGUUUCAGCUGAUAUCAAUUCGGAUGGAACCUUGACCCUUGUUCAGGCCAUAACCACCAAUGGUCGGGGUCAACACGGUCAGUCUGUUGGUCCGGAUGGUCUGUUUUCCCAAGGGGCCGUCAAAGCGUCUGCUUCUGGCAAUAUCGUCGCUGCUGUAAACCCAGGAUCGAACACCAUCUCUGCAUUCACUAUCGACCCUAGCAAUCCCGCCUCGAUCACCCCUCUUGGGAGUCCGGUUUCGAGCGAGGGAGAGUUUCCGAUGUCGCUGGCUAUCAACAAGGCCGGAAACACAGUUUGUGCGCUGAACGGCGGCGCCAUCAACGGCGUUAGCUGCUACAGCGUCAACUCGACCCUUGGUUUGGUAGCGAUGCCCAAUACCGUACGCUCACUCAAUCUGAACCAGACCACUCCCGCGACCGGUCCUCCCGGAAGUGCCAGCCACAUCAUCUUCAGCGAGGACGGCUCGAACCUCAUCGCUUCCGUCAAAGGAGUCCCUCCCACUCCUGGAUUCCUGGCCGUAUGGGACGUCGCCGAGGACGGAAGCUUGUCCGACCAAUUCGUCAGCGUAGCCCCUGCGUCCGGUGGCUUGCUCCCCUUCUCGAUGACGGUCAUCCCCGGUGCUAACGCCAUUCUUGCUACUGAUGCUGGUGUUGGUUUUGAUAUUUUCGACAUGUCUGGUGGAGCUUCGAAUGCCACGGACAGUACGAACGGCACCUCUAGUAACUUGAGCAGCGUCGUUCCUAUUACGGGUCAGGGUGCUACUUGUUGGUCCAGCUUUAGCCAACAGACUGGAAACUUCUAUUUAACGGAUAUUAUCACAUCGAUGGUCACCGAAGUGAACGUUAGCGGCAACUUGACCGGGUCUAUCGUCAAGCAAUACCCCCAGACGAAUGGGUCUGCUACCAUAGACAACGACAUCGCUACCGUCAACGGAAAGGACUUCAUGUAUGUUCUGCAGCCCAACGCGACCAUGAUUUCCGUCCUUGCUUUGAAUGGCCCAGGUCAGGCCACAAACCUUCAAUCGGUCGACAUCUCAGGUCCGGCAUCUCAGGUUGGACUCGCUGUCGACCGCAAUAAUUUACAGGGUAUGACGUCUUUCAUCAAGAACUGAGCGUUGUUAGACGUUUAAGUUCUUGAGGUUCGAGGCCUCUCGAAGGAGACUGUUGAGUCAGUUUGGUUCUGUAAGCGCCUAUACUUGUUUGUGAAUGACAUCUGUUUCUUGUGUUGCCGUGCC